AUGGCUCCUAUUCGUGGCCGUGGCGGUGCCCUACGAAGAGGGGUUCGUCAUCGAGUACACCCGCGAACGGAGGAGAGGUCAGAACAGAAACAGGUGCAAGUGUACAACUUUAAUGCGGAAGAUGUGAACGAAGAUAACUUUUACAAGUUGUUUAAAAGUCAGGCCUCUCCGGAGGCCCACAAGAAGGCCCAAGAACUCAACCGAUUAAAGUACUUGGCUACAGUUAAAGUACUGUUGGACAAUAAGGUGGUGAUAUUGGAAAGUACGUAA